AACAGUGACCGCCUAAGCUAGAACAUUUUCCCGGUGACGCUGCCUAACGAUAUAUCUCCGCUACCAUGGCGGGAACAUCUCUCUGGGACUACAUCUUCAUUCGCGCAUCCAUAUUUCUCUUACACCUUAUCGCACCACUUAGCGUUACUUAUUCAUUAGUCAGCCUACUAGCCUGCCUUCCAUUUCAGUUCCCGCGAGUACUACAGGCUUGGCUCUCUCUGGAGGCUCUUUUCUAUUUGGCUAUCUACCUACCGCUGAAUAAAUACCACCAGAGGGCCGCAAAACACCCCGUCCCGCCCUGCCGCGCCGAUCGUCGGAAGUUAUUCCUAAAAUGCCACAAUAAUAUUCCCGACCCGGCUCAGUACCUAAGAAAAUGGUUCCGGAAUGCGCCAGUUUCCGAGAUUAAGCGCGAUAAUGAAUUAGAAGAGUAUACCCAAGAGAUAGAGAAGCUGCUGGGCAAGAAGCUAGAGCCUGGCCGCGGAAACGCCAAAUGCCUCCGGUUGACUCUCGAGAAGGUAGAGAUGUUGCAUCGGAGCUUAACGUGGUAUCUAUGCGUGUUUGUUGUCGACACCAUAGCGUCUAUCUCUUUACGAUACCACUCGUUCAACUUUCAUCGCACCCUUACUUACUGGCACCGUCCACAUACGUCCAAGACAAGGCUGCCUAUUCUAUUCAUUCACGGCAUCGGCGUGGGGCUUUACCCAUACAUAAACUUCUUAGCCGAUAUCAAUGCCCAUGUUGCCGGGAAUUCUUCAGAUGGGCAGGUUGGCAUCAUCGCUAUAGAAAUUAUGUCGGUAAGCUCUAGGAUAACAUACGAGGCAAUGUUGAAAGACGAAAUGUGCGAUGAGGUUCGUCGCAUAUUGACCGCACAUGGGUGGGAAAAGUGUGUCUUGGCAUCACAUUCGUAAGUACCACUCCUGAAGUGACUCCACUCCCUUACCUGUUUGACAUUGACGGUGGAAAGAUACGGAAGCGUGGUUGCCGCGCAACUCCUUCGUAGCCGGAGAUCUCACAGCAUAUUGGCCCCGCAUUGUUUAUUGACCCGGUGUCUUUUCUACUUCAUCUACCUGACGUGGCCUAUAAUUUUAUAUGUAGACGGCCAAAUCAACC